GGUGGGGUCCCCAAUGCGCUCAUUGUGUGUGGCAAAGAGGUCCGCGACAGCGGCCGGGUCGGCCGUGACUGUACCGUCGGCGCGCUGGAGGGCGCGUGCCCCCGACGGUGGUGGGCGGCGGUGGAGCGCGUCCAGCUGCCUCCAGAACGCCUUAGUGCCGGCUGGGCAGUAUUGGGCGCCGGCGGUCUCUUGAAAUUUGGCGUUGAGGGCCUCGUCAGCCCUUUGGCGGGCUGCGCGCCGGGCGGCGCGUAUGGUGGUUUUAGUGUGCCGGAUGGCGCAGUGGAGGGCUGA